CAAGAGCAAGCUGCCAUCUGUCAGGAGGGCCCUUGAGAGACUCUUCUCCUCCACGUCUUUGUCGGGCCAGACUGAAACUCAGGAGACCAUGCAUCCGACGCUGAUGGACACCAUGUCCCCAGAGGAGAUUAAAGCGUGGGAAGAGGAAGAGCUGGAUAAACCAAUCGACAUGGAGCAGAUACGUAUCGACCCCUCCCCGUUUCAGCUGGUGGAGAGGACUUCUCUGCACAAGACCCACACUCUGUUCUCCCUGCUGGGCCUCAGUCAUGCUUAUGUCACCAGUAUUGGAAAGCUGGUGGGUGUCGUGGCUCUGAAAGAGUUACAGAAAGCUAUAGAGGGCUCAACGCGCAGCGGGGUGAGGCUUCGUCCCCCUCUGGCCAGCUUCAGAGACGCCAGCAGGAAAGCCAAGAAGCAUCCCUCGUCCUCCCCUUCCUCCCCCACUCGGGACAGAGAGUUGUGGGGGGAGGGGAGCAGGAGGGACGGGGAGCUGGUGAGGAAGGAGUCCAAGGAGGAUUUCCGAGGGACGGCGUCGUCUUCCAGGGGAGCUCCCGGGUGUGACGCUGCUCCCUCCUCCCCCGGCAGCGACGGGAGCACCGGAGGAGCUGACGGUGCUUCACAGGAGCCGGCGUCACCUUCGACCUCCUCCCCUCCUGCCUCCCCUGUGUCACCCUCCAGCCCUGUCCUCACCCUCUCCUCCCUGCAGGAGGACAGGGAGAGCGAGGAGUCGGAUGAGCCCAUAUAGACUGGCUUUCAAAGAAAAUACUUUUUACUUCCUGCUCUCUGGGUGGAGGAGUCGGGCUCACCUGCAGCCCACACACACAUUCAGCUCUCAGCGAGCAGGACAAGCACACGAAGCUCCUGGAACUUAUAGUGCAGGAUUCUUUUUUCUACUCAGUCUCACUUUUUCACUCUCAGAAUCUCAGGUGCCUUCCUGUGUUUUGAACUGCAGAUGGACAAAUAUUCAAUGUACAUCCAUAUCUUGGGAAUGUUGAAUGUAGCUCAUCAUAUAUCAACAUGUCUGUUAAUUUCAUUAAGUAUAUUUGAUCAGAAGAUUAACUGACAGCAAUGUAUUGUAUUAUAAUGAAAUAACAUGAAGACUUAAUUCAUUUGACGAGAUGUCAAAGAGAUCAUGCAUUUUAAAGUUUACUGAUUGAGGUUCAUUUUAAAUUAUAACUUAGAUUUAUCAGAUAUUUGCUGUACGGUAAAUACUCAAAUCAUUAUUACCAGUCUGUAAUUUUUAAAGAUAAUAAAUAUUAAAAUUGUU